AUGAAAACAUUUAAGGAGAUGGAGGCUGAAGAUGGCUACAUGAUGCUGAAUGGAAAAAACUAUUUCAAGUACAGGCAGAGAUCUAAAGAUUUUGCAUUGUAUCCAUAUUAUUAUUGUAUUAUUGUAUUAUUGAUUUUGAUAGUUGGAUGCAUUGGGAUCCUUAUUUUCAUGAUGACAGUGAUUGGCCUAAACUUUUCAAAUAAAAAAAUGGAUUUCUCAAAGAAUGUAAAUGUCAACAGUCAAGCAGGAAAUAAUUGUAUGUGCCAAAAUGACUGGCUGUUGAACCAAGUGAAGUGUUACAAGUUUUCAACUUCUUCUAAAACUUGGAAUGAGAGCCAACGUGACUGCACAAAGCUUCAGGCACAUUUGCCAGUGAUUUACAAUUUGAAAGAGCUGGAAUUCGUACAGAAUAGUUUAAAACCUGGACAGCCUAGUUGGAUUGGACUAUACAUUAUGCCCCCAAGAAAAGAAUGGAUGUGGAUAAAUUAACACCAUUUUGUGGAACAAAAAAACUUUUCAGUUAUUGGACCAACUGAUAGCAUGAGCUGUGCUGUCACAACAUGAAAUCAAGUGAAUUCCGAAGACUGUAACUCCAAAUUUUAUGGCGUUUGCCAGAGAUGUUGUCCGAAUAGAAGAUAA